UUCACACCUGCAGAUAUCAUAUUCCAACUCACAGCCGCAGUGCUGAGGACAGACCUUUAGCUUUAGAAUUUGGAGUUUUAUAUUUUCCCUCCACCAGCAGAAGAACCAUGGCAGCGACUCUCUGUCAGGUGAUGGGCUUCCUCCUGAGUCUGUUAGGGUUGGGGGGGAUGAUCGCAGCGACAGGGAUGGACCAGUGGGCGACUGAGGACCUCUACGACAGCGUGGUGACGGCCAUCUUCUCCUACUCGGGCCUGUGGAAUUCCUGCGUCCGGCAGAGCUCCGGCUUCACUGAGUGCCGGCCGUAUUUCACCAUUCUGGGACUGCCAGCUCUGCUCCAGGCCGUGCGGGCUCUGAUGAUUGUUGGAAUCAUUCUCGGAGCCAUCGGCGUCCUCAUCGCCAUAUUUGCCCUGAAGUGCUUGAAGAUUGGGAACAUGGAGGACAGCAUCAAGGCCACGAUGACUCUGACGUCUGGGGUCAUGAUCAUUCUGGCAGGAGUGUGUGGCAUUGCUGGGGUGUCUGCCUUCGCUAACUUGAUUGUGCAAAGCUUCCGGUUCACCACAUAUGCCGAUGGCGGCUAUGGUGGCGGUGGCGGCUAUGGUGGCGGUGGCGGGGGGGGUCUUGGUGGACUCUCAGGAAAUCUGACUCCGAGGUACACUUUUGGCCCCGCUCUGUUCGUGGGCUGGAUCGGAGCGGCUGUCCUCUUCAUCGGGGGCAUCAUGCUGUGUCUGGCCUGCCGUGGAAUGACUUCAGAGACGACCCAGCGGUAUGAUGGGAUGGCCUAUAAAGCGCCCUCUCACCCCACGAUCUACAGGUCUGACACCAGACCCUCGUACAAGGCUCCCAGCGUGGACGGGAGGUCCAACCAGAGAUUUGACUAUGUGUAAACUCAUUCUCUCUCAUACACUCUGCUGCUCUGUCAUGCUGUUUCUGUUUUGUGCUUUUCUCUACUUUAAUCUGGCUGAACAUUUGAGAUGUGUUUUUUAUUGUGUUUUUUUUAACAGUGUCUUAUAAAUCUAAUACUGGUUUGGGAUUUGUAUUUGGAUAUUUUUGUCAAAUAAAAAAUGAAUCUGA